AUGAAGCAUCAGAUGAAAUCUGAUAUGAACCUAAAAAUUCCUGGAUCUAAUACAAGUAAAGGAGUUUCUUGCCUGGAUUUAGAAAGCAAUACCAGAAAAAUUCACCUUCUUACGAAAAAACAAAGUGAUAUAGUUAAUGUAAAUCCAAUUAAUCUCACUUUAACUCAACAUAGGAUUACUUCUAGUAAAUUGAGGAAAAUAGGUAUAGACUAUGCUAGCAGGAUUCAUGAAGAUAUAAAUGAUUCUUAUCGCUAA